AUGUCUUCGAAAAAGAUUGUGUUGACAAGCUCCGAUGGUGAAUCUUUCAAGGUUGAAGAAGUGGUGGCAAGAAAACUGCAGAUCGUAGGACACAUUAUCGAAGACGACUGUGCUACAAACAAAAUCCCUAUUCCAAACGUUACCGGAGAGAUUCUCGCCAAGGUUAUCGAGUACUGCAAGAAACACGUUGAAGACGAUGAUGACGUGGUGGAGACGCAUGAAUCAUCGACGAAAGGAGAUAAAACAGUUGAGGAGGCGAAGAAGAAGCCUGAUGAUGUGGCCGUACCUGAAUCAACUGAAGGAGAUGAUGAAGCUGAGGAUAAGAAGGAGAAGCUUAAUGAGUGGGAUGCAAAGUUCAUGAAGGAUUUCGAUAUUAAGACGAUCUUCGACAUUAUUCUGGCUGCUAACUAUCUCAACGUCCAAGGUCUUUUUGAUCUCUGUAGCAAGACCAUUGCAGAUUACAUAAAAGAUAUGACGCCAGAGGAAGUUCGAGAACUCUUUAACAUCGAGAAUGAUUUCACACCUGAAGAAGAAGAAGCAAUUCGCAAUGAAAACGCUUGGACUUUUGAGCAAGAUGGAAAACAACAAGUUCCAAAACCCUAG